GAGCAAGCUCUUAACCAACUGAGCCUCUCAGCCGGCCCUUUUUCUUGUAUUUUUAAUUCCUCAUGAGUAUGUCUCAUUCUGAUAAGACUGUAAGCUCCUGGAGGGAAAAGGCUCUAUUCUACAAUCUGUGGCAUAUAACAAAUAAUAAGCACUCAUUGAAGAGUUAUUAAAGAAAUAAAGGAGUCAAUGGCUAUUGCUUUCCAGAAGACACAUGCAGGCAAGUCAGGAUCUGAUCUUCACAAUGGCCAGUUCUGCCCUGCUUCUCACAAGUACCCUGCAGCCCUGAUAUCAGGCAGGUGCCUUAGAAAUGUGUGCUGGAGUCUAUAAUCAGAAAUGGCUGAAAGUAUGAGUCAGUGCAGAAUGACCUUGGUUAACAGUGUUAGUUACUGUUUAUCACAUGCCUAUACAAGCCAUACCUUGGAUAUACUGUGGGUUCGGUUCCAGACCACUGCGAUAAAGUGCAUAUUGCAAUAAAGCGAGUCACAAUUUUUUUGGUUUCUCAGUGCAUCCAAAAGUUAUGUUUACACAAUGCUGUAGUCUAUUAAGAAUGCAAUAGCAUUAUAUCUAAAAAAUGUACAUAUCUUAAUUAAAAAGUACUUUAUUACUAAAAAAAUGCUAUCAUUCGAGCCUUCAGGGAGUCGUAAUCCUUUUGCUAGUGGAAUAUCUUGCUUUCCAUUUGUAAAAAGCUCAGUAUCUGCGAAGCACAGCAAAACGAGGUAGGCCUAUAUGUAUGCCAGGUGAUUUAUAAUAUAAACCUAUCUCUAAUCCUUACAAUUAUCCUGUGCCGAAAACAGGGGCUCUCAGACAUUGUGACAUGACUUAUCCCAAAUCUCAAAGCUUUUCAAAAGGAUUUUCAAAAGGAUUUCAAAGCUAGCAUUUGAACCGAAGUCGCUGACUCCAGAGCAGGUUGAGAUGAGGGGGAGGGUUGAGUGUGCUUGCCUAGUGGCUACAAUGAGGCUUUCUUCUUCACUUCUAUUUAUUUCCUAAAUAAAAUAGCUGGAUCAAAGGAGAUCCCAUUAACCUUUCCCUGACCAAGAAUGACCAUUUUUAAAUGAUCAUAUGAGCAGCUCCUCUCCCAGCUAAGUGGGAUUCCAAGCCCAUGUUCUUUUGACACUGAUUCUCAGCUCCUGGAAAAGCAACUCAAAGCUUGAGUCAGACACUCCAUGUGCUGUUGAAGGAUCUUCUCUGAAACAUUGUUAUAAGAAAAAAUUAUAAACAACAUGAAUGCCUAUCAAGAGCAGAGUGGUUAAAUUAUUACAGCCAUAGAGAGUACCACACCAUGCAGCUGUUAGUAAAAUGUAUAUUAAAGAGGAAAGGCAAACUACAUACAUAUAUGUGUUUGCAUAGGCACAGAAAACUCACUUAAGGACACUUAUUCACUCAGCAUAUAUUUGUUAAGCAUUUUAAAGUAUCCAAGAGACUUACCAACAGGUUACCUGUGAGGAGUGAGUCUGAAGGAAAAAUAUAACUUGUACUUUUUGGUAAGCUUCUGUCUAUUAAAAAAACUAAAACAAAAACGAGCAUUAUUUUUUUGAUCAAGUCAAGAUUUACAAAAAGAAGUUUGAUAAAGUAGAACUAUCCAACAGGUACUUGACUGGAAAGGGACAGGGCUAUAAAGAACUUAUAAGGAACUUAAAGAUCUCUGCAAUUAGUAUGAGGAUGGUAGUAGGAGCAUCCUACUUUUUAGGGCAGGUGAGAACUUACUCUAAAACUGGAAAAGCAAACAAAAACAGGCUGAUGAUGAUAAAGCGAAGACCGCUUAAAUUCUGACGGCCCACGUCUUGGUUACUAACCACACGACUCUGAGCUGUGCAUCUGCAGGUGGUGUAAAGUUGAAGCCCAAGGGGCUGCUGCUUUCGGUCUCCGAGGUGCAUCUUACACACUGGGUCAUCAAUCUCCCAGGCUCAGCGUCAAGUUGGACGGGAUUCUGAAUCGUACUAUUUUACUAAGAAGGCAACUCAGGCUCCAAGAGAUCACAGAGCUAGGCUGUGAUUUCGAUCCAGUGCUGACCACAAAGGCCGCUCCUAACACGCUAAGCUCUGGCAGCCGAUUCCCUUUCAGUAAAACUCCGCAGGCACCAGCCGCAUCGGCGUCCUGUCCACAGGCCCGGGACACAGUGUGGGGACCCGAGCCAGCACCCCGGGGGCGGCGUCGAUGCAGAAACGGGGCGGAGUGUCCGAGUCCCUGGCCUCGAGGAAGCGGGAGUUCGGAGUAAGCCACGCCCCACGGUCACUGCGCGCCAGUCUUCCUCUCUGCAUCACUUGCGGGGCUUGAAGAUGAAGGAGCGAGUCCGACCCAGGCCACAGCCGGGCUUCUCUGGCACUCUCGGCUUCUUUCAGUUAGGGUUCGACAGCAGCUCCGCACUCCAAGCCCGUAGGGCUGAGGGCGGCGGCCGGGGCGGCGUUCACCAAGGAGACACUGAACAAGCAGGCCCGCGCCGGGGGGGUACUCUGCCAGGGCGCAUGCGCGUUGCGUGACCGCGGAGAGGGCGCGGCUGGCCGUGGCUGCGGCUGCGCACAGGCGGUGCCAGACGCUGCGCCUGCGCAGUGACGGGGCGGGGCGGGAAGGAGGGAGGCGGCGGCGGCGGCGGUAGCGGCGGUGGAAGCUGCUGAAGAGAAGGAGGAGGAGGAGGGGGAGCGGAGGGAGGUGUUUCUGUCAGUUCCGGCUGUUUGUUCGGGAAGUGGAUCCGCCGCUGCCGGAGCAGCCCGGAGGGAGCUGCGGAUCGCGAGGCCAGCACCGACCCCGCCCGCCCGCGCGCGCCUCCCCCGCCCGCCAUGGCCCGGGACUACGACCACCUCUUCAAGCUGCUCAUCAUCGGCGACAGCGGUGUGGGCAAGAGCAGUUUACUGUUACGAUUUGCAGACAACACUUUCUCAGGCAGUUACAUCACCACGAUCGGAGUGGAUUUCAAGAUUCGGACUGUGGAGAUCAAUGGGGAGAAAGUGAAGCUGCAGAUCUGGGAUACCGCCGGGCAGGAGCGCUUCCGCACCAUCACCUCCACGUAUUAUCGGGGGACCCACGGGGUCAUCGUGGUGUAUGACGUCACCAGUGCCGAGUCCUUUGUCAACGUCAAGCGGUGGCUUCACGAAAUCAACCAGAACUGUGAUGACGUGUGCCGAAUAUUAGAUGUUCAACUGCAUCACAGAGCUGGUCCUCCGAGCAAAGAAAGACAACUUAGCGAAACAGCAGCAGCAACAACAGAACGAUGUGGUGAAGCUCACAAGGAACAAUAA